CGUGCAUGAUGUAUGAUAUAGUCAUUUGUGGUAAUACCAAGUUGUAGAGAACGUUACGCGUGUGUUAAAGAAUUUUCUUACUGUUUUAAGUAUUAAAUCAAAAUAAAAAUCAGUAACCAUGGCAGAAUUUGUAGAAAAACGAUGCGAGGAUAUGAUUCCUGAAUUAGAACAAAUGGAAAGAAUCAAACUUUUCGAUAGAAAUGAAAUUCGAGGAAUUGCGAAAAAGUUAAAAGAAUAUGAAUAUAAAAUUCAACGAAUAUCAAAAACCAAAGAAGAUUACUUACGGUAUAUUCAGUACGAAAUGGACCUUCUUAAAUUGGUUAAGCAACGCCGAGACAAAUUUGGUAUUAAUCAAAAGAAGUCAGAUAUUGAUCUCAUAAUUACAAACAAAAUGAAUCGUUUAUAUAUGGAUGCAAUAUAUAAAUUUCAAGAUGAUAUUCGUUUUUGGAUUGCUUAUAUAAAGUUUUGUAAGCAUGUGCAUUUCCACAAUAAUGUUAGUCAUAUAUUAGGCAGAAUGUUGCAAGUACAUCAAGAUAAACCUAAAUGUUGGCACAUUGCUGCACGUUGGGAACUGGAAGAAAAUAAGAAUAAACAUACUGCCCGUCAGUUUUUCCUUAGAGGCUUACAUAUACAUCCAACUUCUCAGUUGUUAUUUACUGAUGCUUUCAAAUUGGAAUUGGAAGAUGCAUCAAGUACAGAUCAAAAAAAUGAAGGUAAUAGUGACAGUACAUCUGUGAGCACUGAUGAUGAUAUGCCUAUUGGACUGAAAAGAGCUUACAUUAUAUAUCAGCAAGCAUCAAAGCGUAUUAAAGAUGUUAAAUUCAUAAUAGAAUUGUUGAACAUUACAAAAGAAUAUAGCAACACGGAAAAAUUACAAAAUAAAAUUGUUAGUGACAUAAUACAAGAAUAUGCCCAUGAGCCCUUAAUGUGGGAUACAAUGGCACGGCGGGAAUUAGAAGGGCUUGUUCAACCUUCUCUCAGUGAUACAACAGUUAAAGUUGACAAUACAGAACAGACCUCAUUGAGAGAUCGUAUAACAUCUUGCAACAAAGUGUAUCAAACAGCAGUUAAAAAAAUUAAGACAGAAGAAAUGUGGUCCUUGUACAUAGAAUGUCUAAUAGAACUAAAUCAAAAAGCAGGGACUUUGCCAAAUUUUAAAAGAAAGUUAUUAAAAACUGCUUUAAUGCAAGCCCAUCAAGCUAAAAAAUUAAAAGAAAAAUAUUAUUUGUAUUGGAUUAAUAUGUUUAACGUCGACAAAAAAGAUGAAGAAGCUGACAAAAAGUUAAAAGAAAUUCUUUGUGUUGCAACUGAAACUGUACCAAACAGUGUAAGUCUUUGGCAUGCAAGACUAAGAUAUUUGUUAGUUUCUAAUGAAGAAGAAGCUGAGAAACUCUUCCCAAAGGCAAUACAAGCCUUAGGAGAAAAAUCUUUACCAUUGUGGAAAAUGAGAAUAUUGCAUACACAAGCAAUAUGUCCUGAAAAGACUGAAGAAAUUUUUCAGGCAGCAUUACAAGGACAUUCAAGUAUUGCUCAAGAAUUGAAACCUACUUACAUGGAAUGGCUAGUUUUAACCAAAAGUAUACAGGCAGCACGAAAAAUAUACGAUAGUCUAUGUCUGCAACCACCUUUCUGUCUUGAAUUGCAUAAGAAAAUGAUAGAAUUAGAACUUAUGCAACCGAACAUAUUGUUAAAAAAUAUAAGAAAAUGCUACGACAUGUCGACAUUACAGUUUGGUAGAAAUAACACCAGUGUUUGGAUAAAUUAUAUCACAUUUGAAAUGAAACACGGUGAUCCAAAAAAAGUUGGAGAAAUACAUGUUAGAGCAGUGAAAACUUUAGAGCCGGCUUUAACAGAUUCUUUUAUUACGGAAUAUAGUUUAAUUAAAGCUAAUCCAAACUCGUUACUUACAACUACAUAAGUAAUGGAUUUACAUACAAUGAUGCACGUACAAUGAAUCAUCGCUAAGUGAUGGCCAAAUUGACUUUUUAUAUAUUUAGAUAAUGUGUUUAUCCCGACAGAAUUACAUAACCAUUACAGUUAUUUAUGAUUCCAG